AUGCAGAAGGCUGAGUCCAGUGCUUUGAGCUCUCUGAGGCCCCUGUUGGAGGACGACUCAGGAUGCUUGUCCCAGCAGGCCACCAGUCCACAGGACCAGGAGCCACUUGGCUCUCCCAGGCUCUCCGAAGUGGGCUCGCAGUACCUGCCUUUCUUCUGCAUAUAUGAGCAGCCCCUGGCUGUGGAGGAGCUGACCCAGCCCGCUGAAGUCUGCCCAGGCCACGAAGCUGCCUGCAGCUGCAGAGAGGAUGUGUUCCCCGAGGACUCGGCGCCACCUGAUGGCUUCUUCCCAUACUACCGCUCCCAGGAAGAAUGUCUUCCCAGUGCCACCCCUCCAGGCUGCUGGUAUCUGGGCUCCAGAGAGCCCCUUCCAGGAAGCCGAGCACAGGAUGGCUGCUGCAAAGUGACAGCCAGGGAUGGAUGCCCUUCUUCCUUGGCAGGGCCAGACCUCAACUCAGGGCUUUCACCCUCUCCGGCCUGCUGUCCCUUCUUAGGAGGGUUCAUGUGUGAAGGCGACCAGGAUGCCCCUCUCCCCAGGGACCAUGUUCUUGGCGCCUCAGGAUUUGUACCCUAUUACAGAAGCCCUGAAGAGAGGCUGCACAUCAGCCCCACGCUUCCCUGCUCUGGGCUGGGGAGCUCACAGGAGUGA